UUUACCAUUUUCUUUUUGUUCAGAAUAUCAAAAACAUGGUUGCCAGUGGCUCUGUAUGAAACUUCAACUGAUGUGCUCAGUUUCUACACACUGUCAGUAGAUUACAACCACUGAACUAUGAUCCUCCUAUUGCUAUCUGAUUACUAAUUGCUUUCAAUUAUACACGAAAGUAACGUUAAAAAUUACAAGCCUCUUUUUACACGAUUUUGUAAAGGAGCACAUGCAACUGCCAUGGGAGUUUUCACCUUAACCUAAAUUUGCAACAGUUGUACCUCCCAUUUUGUUUUCUUGCUAAGAUAGCUUUUUAAAUUGAUUAAUUUAUCAUUUUUCUAGAUCUUAUCCUUAUAGUUUUAUAAUUUCAUGACAUAUUCAUGGAUAUCAAAUUGCAGUUCCAAUUGAGUUUGGGGACAAUGCUAAAAAUUGUAUUGGUAAUGACAAAGCACCAAUUGGAAAUCGCCAGAUUGAAAGAGCUAAGAAAGGGGAACCUGUAUGUAGGCAGCUGAAAGUUCACCUAUCAUUAAACAACAAUUUCUGUCCAGUUGACAUGGGCCAUAUUGGAACCCCUUUAAAUGCUAAUCCCGUGUCAACUGGCAUUGGAUGUUCUUCUGAGAAAGAACAACACAUUUCCUCUGUUACUUCUGCUGGUGAAAACAUGAAAGACGGCCUUUUGGGUGCCCCUCUCAGCAAUAGUGUUGAAAUGGAGAUAGAUCGAUGGACAAAAGAAUUUAAUCAGUACAUUCAACUUCAGGAAGAGAACAUCCGGAAGGGUGUAAAUGAGCUAAGUCGAAGGCACGCAAUUUCUUUACUCGAUGCCAUGGAGAAACAAAUCAACAGGAAAUUAAAUGAGAAGGAGCUUGAAAUGGAAAACAUGAACCGCAAGAACAAGGAGUUAGGGGACAGGAUAAAGCAGGUUGCCGAGGAUGCUCAGAAGUGGCAUUACUUAGCAAAAUACAAUGAAUCAAUUGUCAAUGUCCUGAAAAGCAAUAUCCAACAACUCCUGGCACAAGGCACUUCUCGAGCUCAGGAAGGUUCUGGAGAGAGUGAAGUAGACGAUGCAGUUUCUUGCACGAACCAUUGGGAAAUCGUCAGUGGUUCGGGAAAUGAAGUCCCAACUAAUCACCGGCUAAAAUGCCGAGGGUGUAAGGGUAGUCAAGACUGCAAGCGUUCAAGUAUACAUGUCGUGAAUGCCGUAUCUGAGCACUUGCUGUCCUCGUUCCAUUUUCUGUUAAUGAAUGCAUCAUGUGUUGAUGAGAAACUGUGCAAAGAGAAAUCAUGAAUUUAAAUAAUGGGCAUUCGAUCUUUUGCUUUA